ACUUGUGGUCGUGAUGUUACUGCCAACCCAGACAGUAUAAUUCAUGAAGCUUUAUUAGUUGUUCUUGUUACUAUAAAAACGACAAAUGUUAGACGUAUGAUAACAGGAAUCUGAAGAAGGAAGCUCAAAGCCUUGGAAAUGGCAGAUACAGAAAACAAGAUAGCUCAACCCAAAGGAAAAAUUAUCAAAGAAGGAUUUCUCUACAAGAGAGGUGAACAUAUUCGUAAUUGGAGGCAGCGUUACAUGAUACUAUUUGAAGAUGGCACACUAAUAGGGUUUAAAAAGGAACCAGGUCAGGGUCUAGAGGAUCCAUUAAAUAACUUCACAGUCAAGGGUUGUCAGAUUAUGAGGCAAGACAAGCCAAAGGCAAAUACAUUCAUUAUCCGUGGUCUACAGUGGACAACAGUGAUUGAACGAACCUUCCACGCAGAUAAUGCUGGAGAGAGAGAGGAGUGGAUCACAGCAAUACAGAUCGUAGCCGACAAGUUGCGCUUGAGUCAGGAGGAGGAAGCUGAGAACGAUGAAAGAUGCGUGGACGGAGACAACAAGGGUCUGGACCUGCUCGAUUCGAUACCGAAGAAAAAAGUGGCUCUUGAUGACUUUGAAUUAUUGAAAGUACUAGGAAAGGGCACAUUUGGGAAGGUCAUAUUGUGUAAAGAGAGAGCGACCGGUGGACUAUAUGCAAUCAAAAUAUUGAAAAAGGAAGUCAUUAUAGCCAAGGAUGAGGUCGCACACACACUUACCGAAAACAGGGUGCUACAAACGACCAAGCAUCCCUUCCUAACGUCGUUAAAGUACUCAUUCCAGACGCCGGACCGGCUGUGCUUCGUGAUGGAGUACGUCAACGGCGGAGAGCUGUUCUUUCACCUGUCGAAGGAGCGCAUCUUCACCGAGAGCCGGACCCGCUUCUACGGAGCCGAGAUCAUCUCCGCGCUGGGAUACUUGCACGAGCAUGACAUCGUCUAUAGGGAUCUAAAG